CUCCGUCGCGUUGUGCUGGCGUGAAGUGGUAGCGUCCGCUCCGGGAGCCUGAAGGAGACUUGGAGGCAUCUGGGCCGCGCAGCUUGGGUCGUUGGGAGUCGCCGCUGCCGCCACUGCCCGCACUCCAUGAGGAAAAUGCUCGCCGCCGUCUCCCGCGUGUUGUCGGGCGUCGCCCAGAAGCCGGCAAGCAGAGUGCUGGUGGCAUCCCGUAAUUUUGCAAAUGAUGCUACAUUUGAAAUUAAGAAAUGUGAUCUUCACCGGCUGGAAGAGGGCCCUCCUGUCACUACAGUGCUCACCAGGGAGGAUGGGCUCAAAUACUACAGGAUGAUGCAGACUGUUCGUCGAAUGGAGUUAAAAGCAGAUCAGCUAUAUAAGCAGAAAAUAAUUCGUGGUUUCUGUCACUUGUGUGAUGGUCAGGAAGCUUGUUGUGUGGGCCUGGAGGCCGGCAUAAACCCCACAGACCAUCUGAUCACAGCGUAUCGGGCUCAUGGCUUUACGUUUACUCGUGGGCUUUCUGUCCGAGCAAUUCUCGCAGAGCUUACAGGACGAAGAGGAGGUUGUGCUAAAGGAAAAGGAGGAUCGAUGCAUAUGUACGCCAAGAACUUCUACGGGGGCAAUGGCAUUGUGGGAGCUCAGGUGCCCCUGGGAGCUGGGAUUGCUCUGGCCUGUAAGUAUAACGAAAAAGAUGAAAUCUGUUUGACUUUGUAUGGUGAUGGCGCUGCUAAUCAGGGUCAGAUAUUCGAAGCUUACAAUAUGGCGGCUUUGUGGAAAUUGCCUUGUAUUUUCAUCUGUGAGAAUAACCGCUAUGGGAUGGGAACAUCGGUGGAGAGAGCGGCAGCCAGCACUGAUUACUACAAGAGAGGCGACUUCAUUCCUGGGCUGAGGGUAGAUGGAAUGGAUAUCCUAUGUGUCCGGGAGGCCACAAGGUUUGCAGCUGCCUACUGUAGAUCUGGAAAGGGGCCCAUACUGAUGGAGCUGCAGACUUACCGUUACCAUGGACACAGCAUGAGUGAUCCUGGAGUCAGUUACCGUACACGAGAAGAAAUUCAGGAAGUUAGAAGUAAGAGUGAUCCUAUCAUGCUUCUCAAGGAUAGGAUGGUGAACAGCAAUCUUGCCAGUGUUGAAGAACUAAAGGAAAUUGAUGUUGAAGUGAGGAAAGAAAUUGAGGAUGCUGCCCAGUUUGCUACAGCUGAUCCUGAGCCACCUUUGGAAGAACUCGGCUACCACAUCUACUGCAGCGAUCCGCCUUUUGAAGUCCGGGGGGCAAACCAGUGGAUCAAGUUUAAGUCCAUCAGUUAAUGCGAGAUGGUUACACGUUCAGUGGGCUAUUCGGCAGCAACUGUAAGGAAUGCUUUGGGUUCUCAACUUUGUUAAGGAGGAAAAAAACCUAUAGAAAGAAAGUGUAGAUUUAGAUAGAUAGAUAGAUAGUGUAAUUGCAUGUGGUUUGUACAGUGUUGCAUUAAAAGGUAUAACGUCUUUCUUUUAAUGUUAAAUCUUAAGGAUAGUAUGGAUCUUAUAAAGGUUAUUUUAGUUAUGUAGGUCUUAAAAUAGGUAAUAAGAGUUUGCUUAACCCUCCUUCAAAUUACUUCUUUAAAAUAAUAAUUCUAUUUGGUUUAGUUGUAUACUAGUUUAACAAAUACUUUUUUAGUUACUAAAAGGAAAAAACAAUUCCUUAUAUGCCUGUCCAACUCUGCCACCUUUUUGUGGGGCGAUCAUUGUCCUGUCCCUCCCAGUGCCCAACAGCUUACCUGGUGUACCCUAACGUGCACACACGCCCCCAUUUGUGUGCAUGUUGGUGCUGAAGCCUGUUCACACUGAACCAUCAUUUCUCCUUAAUAAAACACAAUAUUUAUUAUAACCAGGCAGGGGUAGAAGGACAAUUCGAUUUUUAAAUAAGACUACUUCAUUUUAAAGGCCAAAUAACUUAGUUUUCUCCAUUUAUGCAUUCAGUAUAAAUAUGAAGCUAUUUUCUUAAUAGUUUUCUAUUUACAUUCAUAUCAAACAUUAAAUACAAGGCAUAUUCUUAUCAAUUUUAUCUUUUUUGAAUUUUAAGUGCAAUUCCAGUUAAUAGUAAUGUAUGGAAUGUAUAAUCUAAAACAGUGAUUCCCAGCCUAGUAAUAAUAAUGUAUGAAAUGUAUAAUCUAAAACAGUGAUUCCCAGCCUAGUAAUAAUAAUGUAUGAAAUGUAUAAUCUAAAACAGUGAUUCCCAGCCUAGUAAUGUAUGAAAUGUAUAAUCUAAAACAGUGAUUCCCAGCCUUUUUGUUAUUUUAAACACCUGUUGUUUCACCUUUCCAGCAAAUAUUUUUCCAUUGAAGUAAAUUAAACUAAAAUUCAUUUUUAAGGAUUCCCUAAUACUCUGGGAUGUCAAGACCAGGUUUUACAGUCACUCUUUUCACAAUACCUACAAGUUCUACUCACCUUGAAAACAUGUUGAUAAAUAAAAGGUUAAAAUUUUUUCCAUAAUUCUUUAAAACUUCAAGUUCUUAAAUUGUUCAUUGAACAUGUGGUGUUUCCCUUGUGUAAAUGCAGCAGAAUUCGUGUGUAUCUUAACAGAAGCUUUAACAACAAAGAUGUCAGCUCUUUGCUCCCUCUGUCCCCUGGCUUAGCUGAUUGAUUAAGCCUCAUCUUGGGUUGCCGGGGCCCCAUGAUCCUGUCUUCUGUACUGGGAGACUGCAGUCCAGAGCCUGCAGAGGAGACCACCGCUACGAAACAAACAGGAGUCUUCUUUAGAGUCGUAAGAGAAGAUAACUUCAAAGCAACACAGCAAAAUACUUCUUUAGGAGCCCUUAUGGCAAAAGCUAUAGUAUAUACUUCCAGACUUGUCUAGGUUUGCUGUCUAGUCUUAAAAAUGCAGUCCCUAACUUAAAAACUUAACUAAAAUAGCAAUAUGUUCUCUUCACAUAUAGGAAUAUGUUCUCGUCACAUAUGGAGGUGACACUUGUGCCUUAGCAGGAGUGGGACAUGGCCUGAGAGGUAUUGUACAGGAGUGCUGGUGCAUCUGUGCAGAGCAGGCUAUUUAAGAUGACAUCGGGAUGAAAAUGCAGGGUGCAAGUUAAAGAAGGAAGGGUUUGGGUGUAGCCCACUGGCAUCUCAUGUCUCUCUUCACUCCACUCCCAGCCAGGCCUGUCUCUUGACUUUUCUUACUGGGCCUUUAGCUUCUGCCCCCUCUCCGCUUUUCCCCAACUUUAACCUUGGAAAACUCCAGAGUUUGGAGUGAGGUUGGUAGUUUUUUUCCUGACUAAGCCAUAGAAAAGGGAGUUAACGUUAAUGAAGGGGGGAAAGUUACCAGCAAUUUGUUUUCUACUGCUUUACUUAAAAGCCUAAUUACACCAAAAAAGUCAUUUUCUGUUCCACAAAGUUUUUGUUUUGAGGCUAUUCUUACCGUAGUCUAAGGUACCUUAGGUCUUCCUUAGUGAUAUCAUUAAGAAUAUCAGAAAGUGUAUAACCUUCUUCAAGAAUCUGAAACAAAGAUCAAAUACAUUAAGAGCUAAGCAGCUCUGUAAUGAUAGCACAGGAAUGGUUUGUUUGGUUAUAAGUUUACCUUUUCAAUUGUUUUCGUAUCCGCUCCUUGCAGUUGCAACCAACCGACAAGCUCUUUAUCUGUUCUCUGCCCGUAAGACCGAGGAGGGGACGCUGAGUUCUCUGUAAUCUCUGUAAUGAUUAGAAAUUUAUGUUGUAUACUGAUGUGUAACAGCAAAACUCUUCAAGUAACAAGUUGGAUGAAAUAAACUUUCCAGAAUGUGAUGUGAAAA